AGUUUUCCUGGGUUUUCCUCCGGAGUUUUACGGCGUCCUUCUUGUAAGGUUAAGCUUUAACUACCUAUAAAAGGAGCCUGGAACUCGGGCUAGCACAGCAGCGUUUAUAAAUAGACUCCACCCUCCAGCCACCCACCUCCCCUGUGCCAGCCCAUCGACUGCGCCCGGGCGGCGGGGACAAGGCACUUCGGGGCUGUCUGCAGGGAGGCCCCCGGCUGGGACAGUGCUGGUGCUCUCCGCCUGCCUCGGACCCCCUCCGCCCGGCGGCUGCCCGCGGGAGACGUCUCCUAUCGUCCUCCAGGUCUAUAGCCACUGCCAUGAGGAUUGCUAUCAUUGGUCAGAGCCUCUUUGGCCAGGAGGUCUAUUCCCGACUCCGGAAGGAAGGCCAUCAGGUGGUGGGCGUAUUCACCAUUCCGGACAAGGAUGGAAAAGCCGAUCCACUGGCCCUAGAGGCAGAGAAGGACCACGUGCCAGUGUUUAAGUUUCCCCGAUGGAGGAUGAAAGGGAAGGCUCUGCCAGAGGUGGUGGAGCAAUACAAGGCUGUGGGAGCCCAGCUGAACGUCCUGCCCUUCUGCAGCCAGUUCAUCCCCAUGGAGGUCAUCAAUGCACCUGAACAUGGCUCCAUCAUCUACCACCCAUCGCUCCUGCCCCGACAUCGUGGAGCUUCCGCUAUUAACUGGACCUUGAUUCAUGGGGAUCAGAAAGGAGGUUUUACUGUAUUCUGGGCAGAUGAUGGCUUGGACACAGGAGACAUCCUGCUCCAGAAGGAGUGUGAAGUUCUACCUGAUGACACCGUGAGCUCACUCUACAAUCGAUUCCUCUUCCCUGAAGGGGUCAAUGGAAUGGUGGAGGCCGUAAAAUUAAUCACUGAAGGCAAAGCCCCCAAAAUACCUCAAACUGAAGAGGGGGCAACUUAUGAAGGCAUACAGAAGAAGGAAAAUGCCAAGAUCAACUGGGACCAGCCAGCGGAAGCUAUCCACAACUGGAUUCGGGGAAAUGACAAGGUUCCUGGAGCCUGGACGGAGGCUAAUGGGCAGAGACUGACAUUUUUUGGAUCAACCCUUAACGACAAUGGUCUUGUGCCAGAGGGAGAGACAUUGGAGAUUCCAGGAGCAAGUCGGCCAGGCGUUGUCACCAAAACGGGCCUUGUUCUCUUUGGAAAUGAUGGCAAAAUGCUGGUGGUGAAAAACAUACAGCUUGAAGAUGGCAAAAUGAUCCCAGCAUCUAAUUUCUUCAAAUCAGCAGAUAGUAGCACCCUAGAGCUGACUGAAGAGGAGAUGGUCACUGCAGAGGCCAUUCGGGAUGCUUGGCAGAGGAUUUUGCCCAAUGUCGCCGAGAUCGAAAGCUCCACUGAUUUCUUCAAAUCUGGCGCAGCAUCUGUAGAUGUUGUGAGGCUUGUAGAAGAAGUGAAACUGCAAUGUAAUGGCCUGGAAUUAGAGAAUGAAGAUGUGUACAUGGCAACUACCUUUGGGGACUUCAUUCAGAUGCUGAUUAGGAAACUGAGAGGGGAAGAUGGAGAAGAAGAACAAGCUAUAGACUAUGUGGAGAAAUCCAUCAACAACCUGACCAUCCGAAUGCCUCACCAGCUCUUCAUCAAGGGGAAGUUUGUGGAUGCUGAAGGAGAUAAGACCUAUGAAACCAUCAACCCAACAGAUGGGACUGCCAUCUGCAAAGUGUCACUCGCCCAGCUCUCUGAUGUCGACCAGGCCGUGGCCGCGGCCAAAGAUGCCUUUGAGAAUGGAGUGUGGGGGAAGAUAAAUGCCAGAGAUAGGGGACGACUUCUCUACAAAUUAGCCGAUCUCAUGGAGGAACAUCAGGAAGAGCUGGCAACUAUUGAGUCCAUCGACUCAGGCGCAGUAUACACGCUGGCCUUGAAGACACACGUGGGCAUGUCCAUCCAAACUUUCCGCUAUUUUGCAGGCUGGUGUGACAAAAUUCAGGGUACCACUAUCCCCAUUAACCAAGCAAGGCCUAAUCGCAACCUGACCUUCACCAAGAAAGAACCAGUUGGGGUCUGUGGCAUUGUCAUUCCCUGGAAUUAUCCCCUAAUGAUGCUCUCCUGGAAGACCGCCGCUUGCCUGGCGGCUGGGAACACUCUGGUCAUCAAGCCAGCCCAGGUGACACCUCUGACUGCCUUGAAAUUUGCCGAGCUGACCGUGAAAGCUGGCAUUCCCAAAGGGGUGGUGAACGUGCUUCCCGGAUCAGGUUCCUUAGUUGGGCAGAGGUUAUCAGAUCAUCCAGAUGUAAGGAAAAUUGGGUUCACAGGCUCCACGGAGAUUGGAAAACACAUCAUGAAGAGCUGUGCGCUAAGUAAUGUCAAAAAGGUUUCUCUGGAACUGGGAGGAAAAUCUCCCCUCAUCAUCUUUGCAGACUGUGAUCUGAACAAGGCUGUCCAAAUGGGGAUGAGUUCUGUUUUCUUCAAUAAAGGUGAAAAUUGCAUCGCAGCAGGACGCCUAUUCCUGGAAGAUUCAAUUCAUGACCAGUUUGUCCAGAAAGUGGUAGGAGAAGUAAAAAAGCUAAAAAUUGGUGAUCCUCUGGACCGGGCUACCAAUCAUGGACCUCAGAACCAUCAGGCCCAUUUACAAAAGCUGAUUGAAUACUGCCAGAAAGGAGUGAAAGAAGGAGCUACACUAGUCUAUGGAGGAAAACAAGUUCCGAGACCAGGGUUUUUCUUUGAACCGACCAUAUUUACCAAUGUGCAAGAUCACAUGUUUGUGGCCCAGGAAGAGUCUUUUGGACCCAUCAUGAUCAUCUCCAGGUUCCCUGAUGGGGAUAUUGAUGGAGUGCUGCAGCGUGCCAAUGCCACAGAAUUUGGACUGGCGUCUGGGGUCUUCACCCAGGAUAUUAACAAAGCCUUGUAUGUCAGUGAUAAACUUCAGGCGGGGACUGUGUUCAUCAACACCUACAACAAGACAGAUGUGGCCGCCCCAUUUGGCGGUUUCAAGCAGUCUGGAUUCGGGAAGGACUUAGGUGAGGCAGCUCUCAAUGAAUACCUGAAGAUCAAGACAGUCACUUUUGAAUACUGAAAAAGAAACUCAAAGUGAGGCAGAUCCAGCAGUGAGUGAAUCCCCUGCCUUCCCCUUCUCUCCCAUUCUUCCUAAUGUGAGAGCCGGGUCAGAGUUCCCUUGGAGGAGAAGACAAAGAAGAAAGGCUUUCAGUCACCUACAUAAUGUGAAAUCCUCCUUACCUCAUUUCUCCCUAUCCUGGGUCUUUCCUUUCUACUGGAGAAACACAACCCACCUUCCACACAGAAUCCUGCCCAAGUUCAGGGGACAAACUAAUAACUUGUUGGAAAUUGAAGGACUACCUGGCCCUUUCUCUUGAUUGGGAUGAAGGUUAAAAAGAAACUAGCCUCUUUCUACCCCAGGAGCAUCCUGCCUUCAAAGAGACCAGCCAACUAACAAUACUCAUCACUAAUGAACAUUUGGAUGUGAAGGGCAAAAACAUAUUGGGUGUAUGCUUUCCACUGGUAUUCACAUGGAGGCUAAUGGUCCCACAGAAGCAAUCACAGAAUUGGAGUGCUGAAAUUGAAAGGAUUAGAGCUGGAAGAACCCUAUAAAUAUAAAAUAUGGGAGAUAGAAGAACCCUUAAAACAGAAAAUGGGAGAUGGAAGAAACUCUAAAGUAUGGACUGCCAGAGCUGGAAGUCUCUAUGGCAUAGUUUCCAUAUCCCUACUCCUGAUUUUCUAGGUUUUCUCUAACCAUAUUCUGAGCAAUGAUUUAAUAAAACUAUUUGCAGUGUAUACUAUGUCAGAACUGGAGGACCUUAAAACAUAGAACAUUAAAUGGCCUCUAUUUUAGAGACCUUAAAGAUUACCUAUUCCAACCUUCUUAAUCUGUAGAUGAGGAGAUUGAGGCUUAAAAAAGGGAAGGGUCAUGCAAUGGGAGGUUAUUCCAAUUGAAACUUAAAGCCGCAUCUUCUGCUCACAUACUACCUCUUUUUCUGCUAUGUCAUUCGGCCUUCCUAGAAAUCCUUGCAAAAAUUAAUUAACCAAGAAGUCAUUUUUGAAUAUUUACUAUGUGCCCAACAUCAUUUGAAGCACUAAAGGAAAUACAGAAGAAGGAGAAUAUAUGAACUCUGCCCUCAGGAAACUUAUAAUAAAGAUGGAAAGACAAGAUUAAUACUUGAGAAACAACUAGAGGAUAACCAAAAUAGUAAGUUGUGUGGAUCAAAACUUAAGUGCUCCAUGUAAUCAAGAGAAGAAAAGAGGAGGGUAGACUGAAGGAAUCACUGAAAACUUUCUGGAAAGGCACAUCUUGCCAAUCCAUUGUUCAACACAAGAAAAUAACCACCUGAAAUGAAAAUGUAGUACUUUGCGGUCUUUUGUUGUCAUCAUCCAUAUCUAUGUGACAUUUCUAAAUCCAGAGGCUAGGGACCCCAUCUUUCCAGAUUGGAAAAUCUCUCUCUCUCUGUCUCUGAGUCUGUCUCUCUCUCUCUCUGUGUCUCUCUCUUUCUCUCUGUCUCUCUCUUUCUCUCUGUCUCUCUGUCAUCUUCUCUCAGAUUCUUUAGGCACGAUCUCAUUACUCAUCCUCUCAACCUUCUCUUAAGAAGCCUAUUCACAAAAACGUUAUCUAUCCCCACAGAAAGAACUAAUGGUAACUAAUGAUAAAUACAGCUAAAUACAGAUUGACACAA